AUGAUGAUUGAGCCGCCGUCUCCCGUCCACGAGCACGACGCAACUCUUCGGCUUCCUGCUGAGGCGGCUUCCCAAGUUCCACGCUCCCUUCCGCAAGUUGUGCCAAGAUCGAAUCCUCCUCCUCCGAAUCCUCCGUUUGUGUUCCCGCCUCGGCCUCUUUCUUCUUCCUCGACAACGUUCCCCCGGACAACAGCUAGACGUCCUCGAUCUGCUAUUGAGCCGCGCGACGCUUUUCCGAGAGUUGAAGUGGACAAUGGAAAGCCCGCUUCGCGCCCCCCUCCUCUUCCGGCCUUUUCAUUCAACCCUGGUGCUUCCUUGCCGGAUCCUCCAAGCGCCGACAAGAUGUUCCUCAGCCCUCCAGAGUCGCCAUCUGCACAGAGCUCACCGCGGUUGAUUCCGACCCGUCCACAUGGUCUUGGGCAUCGUCGUGGUGGCAGUGAAUUUGUAGGCGGAAGCAUUCGCGAUGGGGAGGCCAUCACAGUUUUGACCAACGGUUCGAGUCCGACAAAGUCUGAGAGCGGCACGGCCUCGCCGAUGCUCCAGCCAACGCGUCCUCGCAGAGGCCAUGCCCAUCGGAGGUCAGCUGCGAUUUCUAGCCACGAUCUUUCAUCAAUUAUCGUGCCGCCCUCCAACCGCAAUGUUCAGGGAGGGAGCUCUCCUUCGAGCCCAGUGGUCCCUAAGGGACAGUCGGGCCUGAGUAUGUCGCCUGAAGCGAAGCCGGUCGAGGCUGCACCCACUGUUUCCGUGCCAGAGACGGAGGCUAGUUCCAGCAUCCAGAAGGAGGAAUUUGCUCUUGCUCCUGAGCCAGAGACACAGCCCGCCAAACCUGCGACACGUAACAGAGUCGGCUUUUCAGAUACCCUGGAAUACAUCCCGAGGCCGGUGUCUAUAGUCUCUACCGACACUUCUAGCACUGUAACUGCACGUCCGGGGCAUUCUGUUUCGGGCAGCAUCUCCUCCAUUAUGGAGGUGAACCAUACUUCAGGCCCCAACUAUCCGUCGGUCACGGAGAGCCGACCCAGCACGGCAGGCGCCAUUCUUGAGCGGUCUCAAACCUCACAGGAACAGGACGUCCCUCCUCCUGCUCGCCGCAGGGGGUCAAUUCCUCUCCUUGGCUCUAUUCCGCCAGCAUUCCCCUCCGGCCCAGCUACUCCGAGCCCAACACGGGCCUCGAAGAAGUGGUCACUCUUUGGCCGCGAUUCUGCCACAGGCUCGCCUACUCGCUCCAAGAUCGAGAGCCCACGUAUUUCCGACUUGAACCUCGAUGCUGAGGAACGCAAGUCUUUGGAGCGUGCUCCUAACGGUGAGGCUGAUGAGCCCAAUGAAAGCCAAGCUUCCAGCAAAGCGGCGGACAAGAAGAAGAAAACCAAGAAGCCAAAGAAGGUCAAGAAUUGGGCCGGGUCUAUCCUGUCCCGAAAGGGCAAGCAUCACGGCAAGCCCAAGAGGAGGGCUCCUACUCCACCGCCGCUUCGUCCGGCUGAGUUCGAGGAUAUAGCAGACAUGUUCCCGGAGCCUGAAGCUCCAUCCCCGACUUGCCCGCCUUCUCAGGCUACAGAAGGCGUUAGCUGGGAGACGUGGACAUUCCCCAAGCCUUCCACAACCUCCGAUGACGACUCCUCCUAUCCCAUGAUCGACUUGGAUGCUGCUUUGGGCCCGUUCAACACCCCUCUCCCACGGAACCCUGAGUGGGAAGCGGCCCAGCGGGCGGCCGGGGGACGCUACAGGAAGGCACUGCACAGCGCUGCCGGCAUGAGCCGGUUCUCUGGUCCGGGAAUGCACUAUUAUCACCGGCGUGCCGAGAGUGCUCCAGAGCUGGCUCCUUGGGAAGAUCGGUUUGGCUUUCCGCGCUUCGGUAGCAGUUCUACCAUGGCUGAUGUGUUUGAGGAGGAUGAGGAAGAGGAGGAAGAAGACUCUAAGGCCAACUCAGUCAAGCAGCCUACUACUGCGCCUGAGACCACAACGAAGUCGGAGCUUUUAACCCCCACUCAGGAGGACACGGCUGCUGAGCAGGUCCACCACGAUGGUAUGCCCUCGAGCAGCACUGCGUCCCUACCUACCGACGCUCCUGCCAAGUCGCGCGAGCCGUCUUUCGAGCAGCCCAGAAUCCUGAGCUCUGAGGAUGUGAUUAUGGUCGAACCAGGCCAUUUCUAUUCCGCGACUCCGUCUACCCCGUCUUUGGCGCACGACAAGUCUGCCUCUGCGACUCCUUCUCCUCGCCACGUCUUCCGGCCCAAGGACCUUGGGCCUGUCGAGGUCAGCCCCCUCGACUUGCCCACGCCUUCCCUGGGUCCGGUCAGCCCUUGGUCAACGUCACAAUCACCAUUUCCAUCACCGCGGUCGCCAAUGUCGUACGACGCUCAGUGCAUUUCUACAGCGCCGUCAUCAAUCACAGACGGCGACUUCCAGUCGCUGCUGCUGGGCGAGCCGGGCCCUGAAGUCCGAAUCUCAGUCGACGAUAUUCCGUCUUUGACUAGCAGUCAAUCGACUAUGACUCGCGACAGCCUCUUCCCGCAGCACCCACAAGCGAGACAUCCGCCACUGAAGGACCAGCCGAGGCCUGCGUCGUUUACCGCGACUGCCUUUGGGCGCCGUCGUUCGAGCCUGGCAAGCCUGAGCCGGCUGGUCAGUAGUUCGCACGGCGAGCGGAGCAAGCUGUCGCUGGAGGUUACGUUGGACAGCGAGCCGGAAGAGAACAACAAGAAGAAGAGCAAGAUCAGCAAAGCUAAGCGGCUUAGCCGGAUGAUGCAGUUCUGGAGGUCGAAGGAGUCCCAUCAUCACAAGGAGGGAUAA